AUGCCCAACGAAGAAGAAUGCCACCAAGAAUCCUCAAAAGCAGCCAGCAAAGCCCUCGAGCUGGAAAAACAAGCCCAAGAACUCACUCAAGCAGCCGCAAGAACAAAUGAUCCAGACGAGCGACAAAAACUGCUGAACGAAGCUCUGGCUAAAAGCAUUGAAGCCCAAUCAUAUGGCAAAGUCGCGAAAUAUCUGAGCUCCGGUGCGUUCCAAGGGUUNGUUGGCGGGAGGGGUGUGGGUACGGGUGUGGGAGCAGGACUAGGGGCGCUGACAGGGACGCUGGUUGGUGGUGUGUCGUCGCUGGCCUUGGGGGGUGUGUUGGGUGGGAUAGGGUCUGCGAUUGGUGCCAUCCAUGGGCCGUGGGCGAAGCCUGAAGAAAUUAUUGGGAAAGGUGUGCAGACGUUAUCGGGAUUGAUGCCGGGGUGGAAUUCGAUGGGCGAUCAGAAGCAACAGCUUGAGAAGAUGUUUGGUCAGGUCAACGAGCAGAAGCGGCCAUCGAUGGAGGAGCUGAAAGCCAUGACGAGCGGCGGAGGCUCUUAG